UCUCUUAUGAUAGUGUUUGAAACGAAUUGGAUUAGAUUGAAAUACCCGCAAUUAGAAACACCCUGAAGAGUUUUGGUCUCCUACAUUGAGUAGGCUUCUUUGAACCUCUUUCACUCAAGCAAAGUUUCCUCGGGAGAUAGCUUGAAAAUAUGGUUGGCCUUGUGAACUCACAGGCUUCCACGCCCAGCUCCUUUUUAGGGGCAUCCACACCCACCUCUUUUUCUGCCAACACAAACGGUCAUGGUUUGAAUGGCAAAGUGCACGCCAAUGGCAACGGCUAUGUAAAUGGCAACGGACAUUCCAGCAUUAACGGCCAGUCACUCAAUGGAGACUCCUUUACCUCAAUCGACAACAAUGAGACCACCGAGAACUUCGCCGCGGAGCCAAUUGCAAUCAUUGGAAUGGGUUGCCGCUUGCCUGGCAAGAGCUCAUCUUGCUCCAAGCUUUGGGAUCUCUUGAUUGCCGGUCGGUCGGCUCAAGGGCCGUUUCCCACUUCCAGAUUCAACAUAGAUGGAUUUUACCACCCGAAUGGUGAAAGACCUGGCAGUCUCAACACUGCGGGGGGUUAUUUCAUCGAUGAAGACAUCAGGGCAUUCGAAAACUCUUUUUUCGGUAUCAACAAUCUAGAGGCUACAUUCAUGGACCCUCAGCAACGGAAGCUUCUAGAAGUGGUAUUCGAAUGUUUCGAAAGUGCUGGUCUGACGUUAGAACAACUCUCAGGGGCAAACGUUGGGUGUUACGUCGGCAACUUCGUGACCGACUUUAUCACAAUGCAGCUCAAGGAUUCAGAAUACACCCAUCGGUACACAGCAACAGGUCUUGGAACCACCAUCUUGGCUAAUCGUAUCAGUCAUGUAUUCAACCUGAAAGGCCCAAGUUUUGUGAUUGACACCGCUUGUUCUUCUUCUCUCUACUGUCUCCAUGCGGCUUGCUCUGCCCUGUUAUCGAGGGAUUGCGACUCGGCUGUUGUGGCAGGCGCCAACCUGAUACAGUCACCCGAACAGCAGCUUGCUACAAUGAAAGCAGGGGUCUUGUCCAAGACUUCAACUUGCCAUACCUUCGACUCAUCUGCUGAUGGGUACGGGAGGGCAGAUGGCAUUGGAGCUUUGAUGGUAAAGCGAUUGAGCGACGCUAUUAGAGAUGGAGAUCCAGUGCGCGCCGUCAUUCGUGGCACUGCUGUAAACAGCAACGGAAGAACAAACGGUAUUACUCUUCCAAGUGCAGAUGGACAGGAAGCCGUCAUUCGAAAGGCAUACGCUCAAGCAGGCCUUGGAUAUAAUGAAACCGACUACGUUGAGUGCCAUGGCACCGGCACCGCUGUUGGGGAUCCUAUUGAGGUCGAGGCCACAUCUCGAGUGUUCAAAAGGCCACAAUAUUCUCCUCCCUUAUUAGUUGGAUCGGUGAAGACCAAUCUCGGACACAGUGAGGCGGCGAGCGGAAUCUCCAGCAUUAUCAAAGUUGUCCUUGCAUUGGAGACUGGAAAGAUCCCGGCUACGGUAGGGGUUAAGAACAUCAACCCGAAAAUCAAGCUUGAUAAAUGGAACAUCAAGAUUGUGACCGAAACAACGGCUUGGCCGUCCAACUCCCCACAUAAUGUUGAUCAACAGGUUAGAAGGGCAGGCGUGAAUUCGUUCGGUUAUGGCGGUGCGAACUCGCACGUGAUCAUCGAUGCAGCCUCCAUGCAUGUGCCCUCGGACUACAUGCUGAGGUCACCAGAAGAGAAGAGCACGGCUUUAGCAAGGACAACAAUGUUCUUACCAGUCUCAGCAAACAACAAUACCGCACUGAAGCACAGAGUGUCUGAUCUAUCGUUACUCGAUCUCCCUAAUGUCAACACCGUAGAUCUGGCCUACACCCUAGGCGUCAGACGGUCCCACCUCCCGGUUCGAGGCUACUUACUCGCCCGCCCUGGUCAUCUAAAAGAGGAUUUGAUGCUCGAGAAGCUGCAAACUCGCAUAGAUGGAAAAGCAUACUCCAAGCUGCCUCUGGCGUUUGUCUUCACGGGUCAAGGCGCCCAGUGGGCCGAAAUGGGUCGAGAACUGCUGGCUGAGUUCCCCAUUUUCCGCCGCACUAUCCAGAUGCUCGACUCAAAGUUGCAAUUGCUGCCACAUCCACCAACCUGGACGCUGCUGGGAACUCUUCUUGAAUCAGCUGAGACCAGCAUGAUCAAUCAUGCGUCGCGCAGCCAACCUAUUUGCACCGCUAUCCAAGUUGGCCUGGUGAAACUUCUAUCCGCUUUCGGUAUCAAGCCCGCAUACGUCUUAGGCCACUCCUCAGGUGAGAUUGCAGCAGCUUACGCUGCUGGCUAUGUGACAGCCGAGGAAGCCAUCGCCAUUGCAUACUACCGCGGUUACACCGUGACGAGGAGCUCUAAGGCAAUUGUGGGUGCUAUGAUGGCGGUCGGUCUUGGUCGUGCAGAGGCCAACGACAAGAUAAACUCACUUGGUCUCGGGAACAAGAUCAACGUAGCUUGCGUGAACUCCCCUGAGAGCGUAACGAUAAGUGGAGAUGUAGACGGCAUCCAAGAACUGAUGGCUCACCUGGACAGCGAGGGUGUUUUUGCUAGGCAACUGAAAACGGAUGGCAAGGCUUAUCACUCUCGCCACAUGGUGGCUCUUGGAGAGGAGUAUGAGGACUAUCUUGUCUCGGCCGCAUCUGCAGUGGACUCCAGGGAAUCCUCAUCAUCUACACGCGAUGCUACAUGGAUCUCGUCUGUCAACGGUGAGGUUGUGGAGCGUGAUACUCUGAGCCUGGCAUACUGGCGAGCGAACCUAGAGUCUCCGGUGCUAUUCGAGACCGUAGUCGGAAAGCUGCUGCGCGAUGUCGGUCCACAUCAUCUCGUCGAAAUUGGGCCACAUUCUGCACUGCAGAUGCCUAUAAAGCAGACCUGCUCGAAACUCAACAUCGGCAAAGACAAGGUGCACUACGGCACCGCUCUUUCUCGGGGCAAAAACUCAGUCGCCACAGUCUUGAGUUUGGUUGGGGACCUUUACUUGCACGACCACACCAUAUCGUUCGAGGAGGUCAAUAUGGUCGGCUCGUGGCCUCUCAAGACCAAUACCAACCUGAUGGUCCAGCCACGGCAAGGCGCAAUGCUUGUUGACCUACCCAAGUACUACUGGGAUUAUGAUCCGCAGCAGAAGCUUUUCCAGGAGUCGCGGACCAGUGUCGAGUGGAGAAACAGGAAAUACCUCCGCCACGAUCUUCUCGGCUCGCAGGUUCAUGGCGGUAAUGGGAUCAUGACAACUUGGAGGAAUGUGCUCAAGGCAAAGGACGUGCCAUGGAUCGAGGGCCACAAGCUAGACACCACGACCGUGGUUCCUGCCGCUGGCUACUUGGCUGUGGCAAUCGAAGCCAUGACUCAAGCCAAAUACGUGAGGAAUGCUGCCGCACAGGGUGUUGCUUUCAAGCUCCAAGACGUUCAUAUUACCAAGGCUCUCGUCCUGCCCCAAGAAGACGGACUAGACACCGGGGUUGAAUUGUUCACAACCUUACAGCCUGCGCAACUUACCGGUCGCGGUAAGUCUGAGUGGCAUCAUUUCAGUAUCAGCUCCUACGUCCUAGGAGAGGCUACGACUCACGCCACGGGAUUCAUCAAACUGGUUGUGGACUUGGAACAUGAGACAGCAGUAAAGUCAUCCGCUGUAAAGCACGAGGACAUGGAACCCACUGCUCCUCGGACCUGGUACAAGCAGUUCGCCGAGGGUGGCCUGAAUUUCCAAGGCUCUUUCCAGUCUCUGACACAAGUCCACGUGCCGGCCAAGCGACAGGAGAUGAAGAUCCUAGCCAGUACUGAAAUACUACAGGGCAGCGGCAGUGGGACCAACCUGGAGUCCACCUACACCGUUCAUCCCGUCACCAUCGACGCCGUCUUCCAGGCUGGAAUCAUCGCUAGCACAAGCGGCGUCGUUCGAGAGCUCCAAGCCAAGGUGCCUGUUCACAUCGAGCAGAUGACAGUACGGCCGCCUCAGCCAGGCAAAUUGACCGUAUCGCCUCUAGAGUUGAAUGUGAAGGCUGUCUCGGAACCGGUCGGUUUCGGCACUAUCAGAGUAUCGGGAGAGCUUUAUGACGCUGAAGGCUCAUCCUUCUUGCAAAUCAAUGGGUGUCGCCUCGUCGCAUACCAGAGCGGGAUGCAGCAGCAGGACCAAGAGGAGCGACACCCAAUGCUGCGCGUUCUCUGGAAGCCCGAUAUCACCAAGCUGGGCACCAGCAAUGGAGCCGAGCUUUCGUCCUAUAUCAAGCAGUACGUAGCGCGUGCUCAAUCUGCUGCGGAGCAUCAGCAUCAGGACGCGCUGGUGAGAUUGGGAGCCGUUGUUGACCUUCUGGCCCACAAGGAACCUCGACUGCGAAUACUCACCUUCCUUGCUGAUGAUACAGAGGAAUCCUACCUGGCUGAGACACUCAGGUUCGCCACUGCGUUCAAGAGAUGCCAGUCGCUGUGGCGUGGGUCCUAUACAGAUGACGGACUCUUACAGUUCCAAGAAUAUUCUUCUGGCGCCAAACCCUCGAGCGAUCGCCGGGAUCUGGCUUUUGAUGUCGUGCUCUUCGGUCCUCAUAACGCAACUCAAUCGGUUGCAAAUCUUGCUGCCAUCAAAGACUUGAUCGCAUCAGACGGAGCCCUCGUGUGUCUCGGCUCCGCAGACCAGGCAAGUAAACUUGAGACGGAAGGAUUUGAGUUGCCUCUUCAAUCACAGCUCGGUGGACAGUAUGAGACUAUCUUCGCGCGCCUCUCGGGUCAGGCGAGCUCGGAAGAGAAGGGGGUCAAAUCCGUAGGAGAGGUUCUGAUCGUCGAGCGAAGUCCUGAACACAGUCUCAACGCUGCGCUGGUUGCGAAGAUCAACAUCGCGACCGGGCGACCGGUCCAUCGCGUGGCUCUCGAUCAGAUCACUGCUGAUCUGGUCCAGGCGCACGCCAAUGUGAUCGCAACCGUCGAGCUCGAAGACGCGCUAUUAUCGUGCGUCACCGAGGAUGAGAUGCGAUUCGUGAAAAUUCUCACCGACAACUGUGCCAACCUGAUCUGGGUGACCGGCGGCCAGCUGCUGCAGGGAUUGAGGCCGGAAAUGGGUAUUGUGUUCGGGCUAUCGCGGGCUCUGAUGCUCGAACAGCCCUCGCUACGGUUCUUCGUAGUCGAUGUCGACGUGGACGCUAGCUCUCCCUCUUCCGAGAUCGAGACAACGGCCGCGCACGUCAUCGACGUGUUGGCGCAGGCCGUGAAUGAUCUGGAACCCGACUUCGAGUUCAUCCAUACCGCCGGCUCCCUCCAUGUGAGUCGCUUCAUUCCUGCGGAAUCUCUGAACAGUACUUUCCGAGAGAAGUUGGGCGCAGAAAAGAGAUCGCUCGCGCUGGGCCAAGCGCAACCAUGCCGCCUGGAUGUCGAGACCGUCGGCCAAACGGACUCGAUCUUUUUCCGUCAAGAAGAACCGGCGGCUGAAACGUCCUUGGCUGCAGACCAUGUCGAGGUCUCAGUGAAGGCCGUCGGCUUGAAUGCAAGGGAUCUCCAGUCUAUCAGUGGCAACGCUGAGACCAGUAGCGAUACGACUUGCACGUCUCAGUACGCUGGUGUCAUUACGAGAGUCGGCACAGAUGUCAAGACCCUCGUGCCCGGCGAUCGUGUUGUUUCCAUGGCUCGGGGUUAUUUCGCUACACAUGAACACGCUGCUGAGUCGGCUUGCCACAAGCUAAAUGACGACGAGGACUUCAAGACCAUGGCGAGCCUCCCGCUCCCGCUCAGCACGGCCAUCUACGCCAUUCACGAUAGAGCCCGCCUUGAAGCCAAUGAAUCUAUCCUCGUUGUUUGCGACAGCAACGAGAAUGAUGCCGUCGCUGAAUUCGCUGCCAUACGCAUUGCUCAACAGGUUGGCGCACAGGUCUUUGCUAUAUGUGCCAGCACCAAGCGCCAGGAGAAGCUCCUCCAGGACUUGAAGCUUCCGCAGGACCACGUUUUCAAGGCGAACGAUGCAAACUUGGGUGCUCGGAUUGCGCAGGCCACAGGACACCGAGGCGUCGAUGUCAUCGUAUCCUUCACGGAUGAUGGGCUACCCGCCGACAUGUCGGCCUCCACAAACAUAGGGGCCAUAUGUGGGGGCUGCGCUCGCCUUGUGCAAGUCGGCUCGGGUGGAUCUGGGCUUGCGGACGCGCUUGUUAUAGAUCCGACCGUGUUGCGCCGGAAUAUUACACUAUCAACGUUUGAUAUCGGAAGUCUGAUCGCCCGCCCGACACCACAGGGGCAGUCACUGCGCCGGAGGCUACUGGCUGAUGCCAUUGCCUUAUACCGCGGCGGCGACCUGGACGGCAUCGCCUUUCCCCCUCGCGUAUGGGACAUUUCCGACGUGAAAGAGACGUUCCGUGCCCUCGCCUCCAAGAAGGAGGAGACUCACCAUCACGGCGGAGCUGUGGUCUCCCUAGAGGAUAAGGAGUCCGCGAUUCCCGUCAUGCCCAUAAAGUAUGACACCAAAAUGAGUCCAGAGAAAACCUAUCUCCUAAUCGGUUGUCUGGGAGGGCUUGGUAGGAGUAUGUCCAAAUGGAUGUUGUCGCGAGGUGUCCGCAAAUUUGUGUUCAUGGGCCGCAGUGGAACGGACAAGGCUCCGGCUCGUCGUCUUGUUGAGAAUCUGCAGUCCCUGGGCGCCGAAGUCACAGUUGUACGUGGCGAUGUUGUGAACGUCAAGGACGUUAACCGCGCCGUUGCCGACAUACAUGGUCCAAUUGGCGGUGUCAUUCAGGCUGCUAUGGGUCUUGACGAAGCACUCUUUACUACCAUGCCCAGAGAUUAUUGGCUUGCUGGACUGCGGCCUAAGGUCGUGGGAUCCUGGAACCUGCGCAACGCCCUUGCUGGGCGUGAGAAGGACUUGGACUUUUUCUUAAUGACUUCGUCUGUCUCCGGCAGCGUCGGAACAGCUACGGAAAGUAAUUAUUGCAGCGCCAACUACUUCCUCGAUAUGUUUGCACGGUAUUGCCGCAAUGUCGGUAUUCCUGCUGUCUCUGUGGGACUUGGUAUGAUCUCGGAGGUCGGUUACCUACACGAAAACCCCGAGAUCGAGGCUCUACUAUUGCGUAAGGGUAUACAAGCCAUCAACGAAGACGAAAUGCUGCAUAUAAUCGACAUCGCCUUGUCUACUCGAACCACCACACAGACGGGCGCAGGCGAUUUGUAUGAUAGCUUUGCCCAAGGCCACGUAUUGACAGGAUUAGAGCCGCUGGGGCUGAAGGCACUGCGUGCGCAAGGCUUCGAAGGCACGAGUCCAGUCCUUGGCGACCCUCGCGCCUUCUUGUUGUCAGCCGCCUUAGAUGAGACAACAUCGGGCACCGGCGCAAGCGGUACGACGAACGGCUUGCCAGCUGAGGUGGCUGAGGCCAUCGAGGCAGGCAGCUCGGCAGAAGAGGCCAUCCUCAGCACAGUCUGUCAGAAGUUCUCGAGCUUGGUCCUGAUUCCCAAGGAUAAGCUGGAUGUCACCAAGCCCAUCAGCAGCGUCGGUGUCGACAGCAUGCUUGCGGCUGAAUUCCGCGCAUGGAUAUUCCAGGCCUUUAAGACCGACGUUCCUUACUUGACGCUCCUCUCUCCUGCUGCAACGCUUACCAUGCUUUCGGAUCUGGUCACACAAAAGAUCACUGAGGCUAAGUAGACCUUUUCUUUUUUUAGGUUCCAUGUAAAAUAGCGCAGGACUGCAAUCUCGGAUGACGACCAGUAGAACUAGAGACAUAUGCAGUAAUAUAAUAAGUCCUAUACAGUUUUCCAAGACGGCCUACUAGCCUCAGCUCAAUAAAGUACCUUGGCUCUUAAAGGAUGCGCUGUAACA